AAAUAUGAUGUAAGAAAAGCACAGUUUUGUUGAUAUUUAGUGAAAGACUCGUCAAGAAGUGAUUAAUACUUUGUUUGUUGUCCACAAACAAUGGCUAAUCUAUUGUCCAAUAGUUUGGAUCACUUAUAUAGCAAACUAAUGUCUGAAGUGUUAACAAAUAAAUUAUAUAAAAGUUUGUUGAGAUGUCAAUCAAAGGCAUGGAUUUGUCAAAAUAACCGCCGAUUGUUGUGUUCAGUGAAGACAAGUGACACAAGUUUUAUUAAGAAGACGACAAACAUUAAACAUAAAAGUAAUGUCAAAACAAUAGUCAAUCCAGUGAUACAUAAGUUUAAUUCAAUGUUAACGCCAUCGCAGCAGACAUCAGAAGAAGUGGUGACAUUUGACAGUUUAAGAACUGAAAUAUUGAAUGAAUUAAGAGAUCCCAAGUGUUGUGGCGUUCAAUGGCAAAGAUUUCCCGAAUUGAAUAAACUUUUGAAAGGCCACCGAAGCGGUGAAAUGACUGUCUUUACCGGACCGACUGGUUGUGGAAAAACUACAUUUAUGUCGGAAUAUUCACUGGAUUUGUGCGGACAGGGAGUCAGCACUUUGUGGGGAAGUUUUGAAGUGAAGAACGUAAGACUCGCUAAAAUGAUGUUAAGCCAGUUCUCCGGCAAAUCUAUUGGCAAACAUUUGGAUGAAUUUGAUAUAUGGGCCGACAGGUUGGCAGCACUUCCACUAUAUUUUAUGACAUUUCAUGGACAGGAAUCAGUGGAUAAAGUGCUGACCGCUAUGUCUUUUGCUGUUGAGACUCAUGACGUGAAGCAUGUGAUUGUAGAUAACAUUCAAUUUAUGUUAGGAUUAUCACCAAAUAAUAAAUUUGAUCGCUAUUGGCAUCAGGACCUGGUUUUGGAUCAGUUUCGCAAGUUUGCCACAAGAAAUGAUUGUCACGUAACACUUGUAAUGCAUCCGAGAAAGGAAGAAGACAUGAAUGAGUUGACCAAUAAUUCAAUCUUUGGUGGCGCCAAAGCCACACAAGAAGCAGAUAAUGUAAUGAUAUUACAAAACAAAUGGCUUUCAAUGUAUAAGUGCCACAAAUACAUCCAAAUCACGAAAAAUCGUUGGGACGGAGAUAUCGGUAAAGUUCCGCUUUGGUUUGACAAACAAUCACUCAGUUUUGCACCAAUCAAAAGACGAGUCAAAAGUGAUUUAAAUCAACAAAUAGAUAGUAAGUCGACCAUUGAUGAGGACGAUAGUUAUGACACUGAUAAUGAUAUUGAUGUCAAUGAUGUCAACGAUGUCAACGAUGACAACGAUUUUCCACGAGUAGAGGUUCAGAUUAGUGACACCGAUAACUAUAGACUUCAAUAA